AUGCUGGAAUGGGACGACAAGGGAGUGGAGAUUGCUGGUCGGCAGCCACAUCAUUUACACCUUGCCGAUGACAUCGCUGUGAUAACACCUAACAUCCUCCAAGGUGUAUGGAUGCUGACCGAGUUGGAAAAAAACAUGUGGAUGCAUCGGUCUUUGGCUCAAUCUGUAAAAGGCACGCAAGCAGGAAGAAAAUGCAGUGAGCGUUGUUCAACGCUCAAUCGAGUCGCUGCUGCAUUUGCCAAAAACAGGAAGAUAAAGUGGGCCGGACACGCGAUGCCCUUCAACGACAACUGUUGGACCAGGAUUGUCUUGGUGCUCUUCGUGUCCGACGUGAGAGGAAAAACCAUUUGCCGACUCUGGCACGCGAUCGGAACAGAUGGAAAAUAUACUGGCGCCCACUCGACCAGUUCGAAAGCGGUAGUCAUGGCGGUCAAAGCGAAAGUUUCAGUCAUUGACCAAGCGCACCGCAGUGGAAGACAGUUUCCUGUCUCCUUUCCUUCACUCAACUCAAGCACGAAGAACUCGCAGAAAGCCUUCGGAAAUCGUUUCGAAUUGGGCAAAGGAGUAAAGCAGGAAGGAGGCUGGAAGGGAAUCGCAACUCUACUCGUCAUUAUGUUUGUUUGUUCACUUAUCGGCUUAGCAUUCCACCUAUUUACGCCGAAAGGAGAUAAGCUCAGCAAAGGCGACGAUGCUACGGUAGUCGUGGAAAAGAAAAGAAAAGAAUCGGGUGGAGACAAAGUGUAUCAUGGAUUGCCUCAACCGGUAAACUAUGGAGCGCAUUUUGUCGGAAACGAUGCAAUCGUUUAUUCAAACUAUCUUCAUGGACCUGUCCGACUGUCACUAGACAGAAUGGAGCCUGAACGGCUACUUAAAUACAAUCCGGACAGUCUUAAUCCAAUACCUUCCCACGACUAUCGCUAUUAUGCCUUCUGUAGGCAGGUUUCCUUCCAUGUCACCUCAAAAUUCAACGCCACGUUCAUGAUCUCAAUCUUCGACAGAGAGACGUAUGCUUUGCUUGAUAGAAGUUAUAAUGGGUCCGCGCCCACAGAAUUAAAGAAACGACUGACUUACAAGGUGGGAGUUACAAAAAUCGGAAGCGAAACACAACGCUUCUUCAGAUGGAAUCCCAUUGGCUAUGAUUAUGUUUUCUGGCAGGAUGGUCAUCUCUACUACUCAGAAUCUCCCGAGUCACUUACAUCAGUUCGGAUCAGCAUCGAAGGAUUGAACCGGCAGCACGAAAUUUCCGAACGCUCCUAUGGAGUCUGGUGGUCCAAGAAAGGCAAAAAGUUGGCUUUUCUGAGUAAAGAGAAAAAGGAGGAAAAAUCUAUCCUCAUGGUCGGCUAUACAGAAGGGGAAAGCUAUCCGAGUGUGAUGGAACAAAAAUACGCUAAAACCCACGAAAAGCAAAUACCAACCUUCAUUCUUUUCGUAUGGGACAAAGGGAGUCGCGAACUAAAACAGAUGGACGUGCAACUAAGGAACAGAACAGCAUAUCACAUUUUUUAUGGAGCGGAAUGGGUAGUGAUUGGAGACGAAGAGUUUCUCGUUGUUUUCUGGGCAGAUAGACUCCAAACGCACAUCUCUGUAACCAUUUGUGAUCACCCAUCGGGAUUCUGUAAACUGAUUUUUGAACACAAGUAUCCGAGUAGAACGUGGCCGGAAGUGAGAGAAUUCUCAUCCAUUUUGAGCAGUGACAAUGCUAUUUAUAUCCUUCUGCCACGAGCCAGGGCAGACGGGAACAGUUACCAGCACAUCGCUAAGCUAACCAUCCAGAGAACUGCUGGAAAAGGAGCAAGAGCUAUGAAAUGGGCUAAAUCAUCAUUCCUCUCAAUAGGCAACUUUGAUGUCGUGAAGUUAAACGCCUACGAUAAAAAUAAUGACACUAUAUAUUUCACAGCGUCAGCCCCUUCACCACUCAAUCGCCAUCUAUACUCUACGAUGGGAUCACCAACAACUACUGAUGCGUGGAAAUGCGUAUCCUGUGGACACUCCAACUGUACGUAUCAAGACAAUCAAUUGACAUCGAACUUUAAGCACAUACUCACGUGGUGCAAGGGACCAGCGGUGCCACGCUAUUACCUUGGCGACAUUGUUGGAGGGAAAGUUGAAAACUUGGUAGAAAUCCUAAAGGACGAAAGUUACGAGAAAGAAUUGGAUUCUACAAUAUUACCGUCUAUUAUACGCGACACCGUGCCGCUGGCGCAAGGAUAUGAAGCCAAUGUGAAGAUCUACCUUCCACCUAAUCAAGCAAGUCGAUCUAGUUCUAGCUCGUUACCAGUGCUGCUCAAAGUCUACGCUGGACCUGGAGGCCCGCAAAUGGCCAGCGAUGAAUGUUUCACGACGGAUGGAUUCGUAGAAUUCCUAGUUACCUCACGAAAAUAUGCUGUGGUGAUGAUAGAUGGUCGUGGAUCGAACGGACGUGGGUGGAAAUAUCGGGGGGCCUUCCACGGCGCACUAGGCACCGUGGAGAUCGAGGACCAAAUUGAAGGCAUCAGACAGGUGAUAAGAAAGUAUCCUUUCCUUGACGCUCACCGCCUUUCGGUAUUUGGUUGGUCCUACGGAGGAUUUGCAGCUGCGUUGAUGUCCGAAAAAGCGCCUGAAUCAUUUUUUAAAUGCGCCAUUUCAGUAGCUCCGGUUGCUAACUUUUUGUACUACAACACAGCGUACUCCGAAAAAUACAUGGGAAAUGCUGAGAAGUCCGUCUACGAUGCUAGCGAUAUUACAAAAAAUGUUUCAAAUUUCAAGAAAACUCGCUUAUUACUCCUUCAUGGAUUGUAUGAUGAGAACGUCCACUUCCAACACAGCGCACUAUUCAUAGAAGCUCUGCAACGAAAUGACAUUGACUUCGAUGUUAUGGUCUAUCCGAAUAAAGACCAUUUCAUAACUUCGGAGCAUUUGCACAAGAAAAUCUCGUCAUUUCUAAAACAAUGUGCAAAACGUUUGUAG